UCCACCGCAGCUGCCAUGGCCACCAACAAGGAGCGACUCUUUGUGGCUGGCGCCCUCGGGCCUGGAUCCGGCUACCCAGGGGCCGGCUUCCCCUUCGCCUUCCCAGGGGCACUCAGGGGCUCUCCACCUUUCGAGAUGCUGAGCCCUGGUUUCCGGGGCCUGGGCCAGCCUGACCUCCCCAAGGAGAUGGCCUCUCUCUCGGUGGAGACGCAGAGCACCAGCUCAGAGGAGAUGGUGCCCAGCUCACCCUCGCCGCCGCCGCCUCCUCGGGUCUACAAGCCGUGCUUUGUGUGCAAUGACAAGUCCUCGGGGUACCACUACGGGGUCAGCUCUUGUGAAGGCUGCAAGGGCUUCUUCCGCCGCAGCAUCCAGAAGAACAUGGUGUACACUUGUCACCGGGACAAGAACUGCAUCAUCAACAAGGUCACCCGCAACCGCUGUCAGUACUGCCGCUUGCAGAAGUGCUUCGAAGUGGGCAUGUCCAAGGAAGCUGUGCGGAAUGAUCGGAACAAGAAGAAGAAAGAGGUGAAGGAGGAGGUGGCCCUCGACAGCUAUGAGCUGAGUCCCCAGCUGGAAGAGCUCAUCACCAAGGUCAGCAAGGCCCACCAGGAGACCUUCCCCUCGCUCUGCCAGCUGGGCAAGUACACCACGAACUCCAGCGCGGACCACCGGGUGCAGCUGGACCUGGGCCUAUGGGACAAGUUCAGCGAGCUGGCCACCAAGUGCAUCAUCAAGAUCGUGGAGUUCGCCAAGCGACUGCCCGGCUUCACGGGGCUCAGCAUUGCCGACCAGAUCACCCUGCUCAAGGCGGCCUGCCUGGACAUCCUGAUGCUGCGGAUCUGCACAAGAUACACCCCUGAGCAGGACACCAUGACCUUCUCGGACGGGCUGACCCUGAACCGGACGCAAAUGCACAACGCUGGCUUCGGGCCCCUCACAGACCUCGUCUUUGCCUUUGCCGGGCAGCUCCUGCCGCUGGAGAUGGAUGACACCGAGACGGGGCUGCUGAGUGCCAUCUGCCUCAUCUGCGGAGACCGGAUGGACCUGGAGGAACCUGAAAAAGUGGACAAGCUACAGGAGCCGCUGCUGGAAGCCCUGAGGUUAUACGCCCGGCGCCGGCGGCCCAACCAGCCCUACAUGUUCCCAAGGAUGCUCAUGAAGAUCACCGACCUCCGGGGCAUCAGCACCAAGGGAGCCGAGCGGGCCAUCACGCUGAAGAUGGAGAUUCCCGGCCCCAUGCCGCCUCUGAUCCGAGAGAUGCUGGAGAACCCCGAAAUGUUUGAGGACGACUCCUCGCAGCCCGGUGCCCACGCCAAGACCGCCAGCGAGGAUGAGGCUCCGCGAGCGCGGGGCACGGGGGGCAGCAGCCCACAGCCCGACCAGGGCCCCUGACCGCCCCGACGGAGGAGGAGGACCCGGUCCGCCUCCCGCCUUCCGACGAGCUCCUUGUUUUUGCCAAAGUUUCCAGGGGUGCCUGCCUCUGUGGGGGCCCCUUCCUGCUCCCAUCGACUCCCUCCCCGACGUCGUCGGGGCGGCCACGCUCCCAGCAGGAGCGGGGGACGAGGGGUGAGCCUGGGUUCGGACUGGAAGACCUCAGCGCCGCCCCUCAGCCGUGCCAGGGUGCCAGGCUCGCGGGGCAGGGGGGAGACCCUGCCUGCCGUCACAGAGCCCCUUCCUCCGCCUGGUACUGCGGCCCCCAGGAGCCAUGAGGAACACUAGAGACCAAACGCGGCUGCGGGGGCAGGGCUGAGCCCGCCCUGGGGCCGAACGCUGCAUGAUGCACCUGCCCUUGACGGCGGGGAGCGGGGCGGAGGGAGGCAGGGACCGUCGCAGGCCUCCCCUGCACCCCCUCUCUGCUUGGGCCGAGCUUCCCCGGUGGCCUCCGUUCUCAGCGGCCCCCAGCCCCGUCCUGUGCCUUGGGCGCGCCCCGCCUCCCAUCUCAGCCAUCGGGCGGGGGGGCCUCGAACACUACAGAGGGGCCAGGGGACCCCUCCCCCACUAGUGCCUUUCCCUUGACCCCCCAGGAGCAGCUUGGCCCAGGGAGGGGAGUGGGCGCUGCUUAGCUGACCCCGCCCCGCCCCAGAGGAAGCGUCUGUCUAUUUAUUUAUUAGCUUUUGUUUACACCUUGGAAGGACCCCUUCCUGCGGGGGUCUUGGGAGGGGGAGCCCAGGGCCCCUGAGCCCCCCACUUUUGCCCUCCCGUGCCCAGUUUGUAUUUAGCUGCCAAAUGAGGUUCCCACUGGCUCCCCCUCUUCUCCGGGGGGUCAGGGUGCUGCCCCCCUCCCCUCUGUUUACAUGUCCCCUCCGCCCCGCUGUAUUGCGUAUCGCUGAGUUUUCUAUUUUUGCAAAAUAAAGUGAUGGAAACUCU